CCUUUUCCUCCUGCCCCUCCCCGCCGGUCUCGCGCCUUUCAUUUGCCGGCUGCGCCGCUCGCGUGACGCCGCAGUUGCUGCCGCCGUUUUUUUCCUCUCUCCUCAGGCGCCUCUCGCUCUCUCUCGCUUCUUUUCUCUCUCGCUCUCUCUCGCUUCCCUCACGUCGUCUCCAUGGCCAACUACAUCCACGUCCCGUCGGGCUCCCCUGAGGUACCCAAGCUGGACAUCUUCGUCAGCGAGAGGGACCCUUCGGGCGGCGGCAACCCGGGUUACCGCUACGGAGCCCUGGAGCUGCUUCGCCGGCUUAGGCCCGGUUGGAAGCCCGAGGAGGUGACGUUGAAGAUAUUUACAGAUGGAAUCACAAAUAAACUCAUUGGCUGUUACGUGGAUGAAAAAAUGGAUGAUGUUGUCCUUGUUAGAAUUUACGGGAAUAAGACGGAACUCCUAGUUGAUCGAGAAGAGGAAGUGAAGAGCUUCCGUGUGCUGCAGGCCCAUGGUUGUGCACCCCAACUUUACUGCACCUUCAGCAAUGGCCUGUGCUAUGAGUUCAUGCAAGGAGAAGCUCUGGAUCCAGAACAUGUUUGCAACCCAGAGAUAUUUCGACUGAUAGCAAGACAACUUGCUAAAAUACAUGCUAUUCAUGCGCACAAUGGAUGGAUACCCAAGUCAAACUUAUGGAUAAAGAUGGGAAAGUACUUCUCUCUUACACCAACAGAAUUUGCAGAUGAGGAGUUGCAUAAGAGGUUUCUACAAGAUGUGCCAAGUCGUCAAAUUCUACAGGAUGAAAUGGCAUGGAUGAAGGAGAGACUCUCUAACCUAGGUUCACCAGUGGUACUUUGUCAUAAUGAUCUUUUGUGUAAAAAUAUCAUCUACAAUGGAAAACAAGGUGAUGUUCAGUUCAUUGACUACGAGUACUGUGGAUAUAAUUACCUGGCUUAUGAUAUUGGGAACCACUUCAAUGAGUUUGCAGGAGUGAGUGAGGUUGACUAUAACCUCUAUCCAAGCAGAAAGCUGCAAAGACAGUGGUUGAGAUCUUACUUGGAAGCUUACAAGGAAUGUAAAGGCUUUGGAAGAGAUGUCACUGAAAAAGAGGUUGAGGUACUUUACGUCCAAGUGAACCAGUUUGCUCUGGCCUCUCAUUUCUUCUGGGGAUUGUGGGCCCUAAUUCAAGCCAAAUACUCCACUAUUGACUUUGAUUUUCUAGGGUAUGCAGUUGUUCGCUUCAAUCAGUACUUCAAAAUGAAGAAUGAAGUAAUGGCAUUAAAACUUCCUGAGUAGAAUUUGAGAACUUGGUUACCCGCCUGUUGAGAAGAUUCCUUACUGUUUUUGUCAUGAGUACAUAAUAGGAAAAGCUCUACAUUUGUAUUAUUCCUUCCUUCUUCUUUUUUUGUUUUUCAUUGUCUCUAAAUAACAAUCUUUCAAUGGUAAACUUCAAAUGAAGGUCUUUUCUGAUAUUGUGGAAGGAUUAUAAGCUAAUGGAUUUCUGAAACACAAGGAGAGCAAAUUUAAUCCUUUUUCUUGUAUUUUUUUUUAAUGUGAGACGUGAAUUAUUUAUUAUGAGUUUAACAUUCCAUUGCUGCUGUUUAUCGGUCCUCCUUAAGGGAGCGGGGACAGGUGAAUAUCCUGUAAAAAAAUUUUACAUCUCAAAUUGGUACAGCAUUCAGUUGUUUAACUGGGA